AUGGACAGCCUACGCUCCCCUCUCUUGGAGGGAGCACCGGGAAGCAAGAUCCUCGUCACCACUCGUAAUCUCAAUGUUGCUACUAUGAUGGGAGGAGAUAAAAAGCUUUAUGAGCUAAAACAUUUGUCUGAUGAUGAUUGUUGGUUGGUGUUUCAAAAACAUGCUUUUGAAAACAGAAAUGUCAAUGAGCAUCCGGACUUGGCAUUGAUAGGAAGGGAAAUUGUAAAGAAGUGUGGAGGCCUGCCCUUGGCAGCAAAAGCGCUUGGUGGUCUUCUGCGCAGUGAACACACAGAAGAUAAGUGGAAUAUUAUACUAGAUAGCAAAAUAUGGAAUUUACCUGGUGAUAAGUGUGGCAUUCUUCCUGCGUUGAGAUUGAGCUACAAUCAUCUCCCUUCACAUUUAAAAAGGUGUUUCGCUUAUUGCGCAUUAUUUCCCCAAGAUUAUGAGUUUAAGAAGGAAGAGCUAAUCCUCUUGUGGAUGGCGGAGGGGUUAAUUCAACAAUCAAAUGAGGAUAAGAAAAUGGAAGAUCUUGGUGGUGAUUAUUUUUGUGAACUAUUGUCAAGGUCAUUUUUCCAAUCGUCCAAUAGCAAUAAAUCACGAUUCGUUAUGCAUGACCUUAUCAACGAUCUAGCUAAAUCUAUUGCUGGAGACACAUGCUUGCAUUUGGAUGAUGAAAGUGCACGUCUUUACCAUGCUUGGGCAGUUGCCAUCGCUCAAACAGUUGAGGAUCGAAGGAAUGGUUGGAGUAAAAAAAUGGGUGCAGAGUUUUAUGGAGAGACUCGUGUUUCUGCAGGUCUAAAGUGUCUACCUGAUGGCAUGAUGUUGAAGAUGAGGAACGACAGUACUGACAGCAACAACUUGUGUCUCCUUGAAGAGCUAGAGAUAUACAGGUGUCCAUCUCUCAUUUGCUUUCCAAAAGGGCAAUUACCCACACCUUAA